AUGACUGUUAUUAUUGCUUCUUUAUUUUUACCUUAUACGGUCCAAUUUGAAAUUGGUCCUCAAACGGAAAUAGUUGGAGAUGCGGCUAAAGAGAUUAACAUUUGCAGAACAGGAGAGACCAAGAAAGAAGAAUCACCUAUACCUGUCUCAAUUACACCUAGGAGUUCUAUUCUACCAUCAUUGAGUAAGGUUGGAUCCUUGCAACAUAGCCCAAUUUCAAAUUCUCCUAGACAUCACGAGGUUGCCCCAGCCAUUAAAGAAUCCAGUAUUGAUACAGAGAAUUUCUUUUAUGGUAAGUCUAAACUUAAGAACUCAAGGACAUUAAGUGCCCCACAGGGUCAAUUCGCUGAUAACUUAACUGAAAAGCUUCAACCUCAGUAUAUUCAGCCUAGAUCGCGUUACAGCAGUUUUAAAUUAAGUGGAUCAAUAAUUGAUGCAAAGAAGGAAAAUGAUGAUUUGGGUUUACCUUCUUUGAAAAUGAGUAGAUCUGCUACCAAAUUGACUAGUUUGACUGCAUUAGGACCCUCAGGAGGAUCAAAUGCUGGUUCUGCCAGAGCUAGGGCUUCAAUAUCCCGUCAGUUUCAUGGUUUAACAUUAACUAGUAAUAGUAGUACAAGUUCCUUGGUUAUAGCUGAAGAAAUUGAAGAUACCAUACCCCUUGAUCAUAAAGAUUGGGAGAAUAAUUAUAAUGAUUUAAUUUAUGGAAGAUCUGAACAUAAUACUACAAAGUUAGCUCCAUUCGGAGGGUUUUCAAAUCCUGAUCUUCAACAUAACUUUUUUAAUCAAGAUAACAUUUUUGAAACUGCUCCUUGGAACAUUCAAUUUGCGGAUAAGGGAAACUUAUCAUUAACUAAAGCGGUGAAAUUAUCUCAAGAAGCUGGUGUUAUCAAUAAAACUACCUGGGUUGGAACACUAGCUAUGCCAAGUGAUGCGGUACCUGAAUCAGUAAUAGCCAACAUUGGAAAAGCUUUAUCUGAUGAGUAUAAUUGUGAAGCAGUGUUUCCCAACGAUAUCACAUUCCAAGGUCAUUACAAAUCAUUUUGUAAACAAAUAUUAUGGCCAACCUUCCAUUAUCAAAUUCCUGAUGAUCCCAAAUCCAAAGCUUUUGAAGAUCAUUCAUGGAGUCAUUAUAAAGUAUUAAAUCAAUUGGUUGCUGAUAAAAUUGUGGAAACAUAUAAACGUGAAAAUGAAUCUAAUGACCCUAACGAUCCUGAAAAUAUGAUUUGGAUUCAUGAUUAUCAUUUACUUUUAGUUCCAUUAAUGGUUCGUGAAAAACUCCCUGAUGCUAAGAUUGGAUUGUUCUUACAUAUAUCAUUUCCAUCUUCAGAAGUGUUCCGUUGUUUCGCCCAAAGAAAUCAAAUCUUACAAGGGAUGCUUGGAGCUAAUUGUAUCUCAUUCCAAACUGAAGAAUAUGUUAGACAUUUUUUGCAAACUUGUAGCAGGUUACUACUCGCUGAUGCAAAUGAGUAUGGUAUUUCAUAUGAAGGUAACUUGACUAUGGUUAAUACUUCGCCUGUUGGUAUUGAUGCUAAGUCUUUAACUACGACAGUUCAAAGUGAUGAAGUCGCAGAAUGGAGACAACUUAUUCGAGACCGUUGGAGCGACCAACAUUUGAUUGUUAGUAGGGAUAAAUUAGACAGAUUGCGUGGUAUAAAACAGAAAUUAUUAGCCUAUGAAACUUUCUUGAUUGACAAUCCAAAGUAUAUUGAUAACACAGUUUUAAUUCAAAUUUGUAUUAAUUCAUCUCAUGAUCCAGAAUAUGAAAGUGAGAUUGCUCAGAUAGUUGCUAGAAUUAAUUCAUUGCCGGAAAAUAUAUCAGUAUCUCAACCAGUUGUAUUGCUUCAAAGAGAUAUUGAAUUCGAUCAGUAUCUUGCUUUACAAUGUGAAGCCGAUGUGUUUGUGGUUUCAUCCAUGAGAGAAGGUUUGAAUUUAACUUGUCAUGAAUUUAUUACCGCUACGAGAGAUAGAAAAUCUCCCUUAAUUUUAUCCGAAUUCACUGGUUCAGCUCCAUUGCUUGACUGUCAUGGUAAAGGAGCGGUGUUGAUUAACCCUUGGGAUCAUAGAAAGUUUUCUGAAGCAUUCAAACAGCUGUUAACCAUGUCUGAUGAAGAAAAACAAUUACGUUGGAAGAAUUGCUUUGAUUUUGUUAUAACUCGUGAUUCAAAACAUUGGGUUUCAAGUUGUUUACAAAGUAUCAAUGAAGCUUGGGAAAGAGAUCAAAGAAAGAAUACAAGUUCUUUACCUGUAUUCACCAGAAGCUUAUUCCGAUCAUUUUAUAAAGAUGGGAAAUCUGGUAAGAGAGUUUUCUUCAUUAAUUUGGAAACACCAUUUGCCCUUUCCAACGUGGGGAAUAUAAAUGCUACUUCUGCUGGUAAAAAUUCAUAUUCGGAGCCAGGAAGAAUUUCAAACUUGUUGAGUUCAUUACUUGAAAAUCCUAAUAACUUUUUAUAUUUGAUAAGUUUUAUGAAAAGAAGAGACUUGGAUAAUGUUUAUGGUAGAUAUCCUAAUAUUGGUUUGAUUGCUGAAAAUGGGGCUUAUAUCAAGCUUAUCCGAUCUAACAAAUGGGUUUCAACUAUUGAUGAUGAUGAAUUACAGUUAUGGAUGAGUCAAGUCAUUGAAUUGGCUCUUGCUAAAGCUGAAAGAUUGCCUGGUUCAUUUGUUACCAUUGGUGAUUGUACUGUUAUAUUUCAUGCUGGUAAAUCAUUUUUAGAUAACCAUGAAAGAAGUGUGGAUGCUAUGGGAGAUUUUAUCCAACAUGUUAAUGAUGUAUUUGAAGGUACAGAACAAGAGAUUCAUGCUACUUUAGUGAGAGAUGCAGUUGUUGUUCAACAAAGUCAAGUAUCAUUAGAAGCUCUUAAGUUUAUCAUUGCUUAUUAUAAUCAAAAUAAACUGCCGGAAGAGUUUGAAAGUUUGCUUGAAGAUUAUAAACUGAAAUCAAGGUCAUUAUUACCUGGAAGUGAACCAUCAUCUCCUGUACAAGAAAUAAAGAGAGAAAGCUUACCAGUGGUAUCAUCACCAAAUGCAGAUACUAAGAGUAGUACUGUUAAUCUGCAAGGGGUUAGUAGUAUAUUCUUCAGUGGAGGUUCAACUGCUGUUGAUGAACCAUUAUAUGAAUAUGUUAAUAAUCUUAAAGAGGUUGGUGAGGUUGAAAACACUGCUACGGUUACAGCACUUGGGGUUGAUGCAGAUGCAAGGACAGCAGCAAACUAUAGUGUAAGAGGGAAAAAUCAAUUACUAGGAAUAUUAUCAUAUGUGGGAUAACUGGAAUUAUUAUAUAUAUAUAUAUUAUAUUUCGUAUGU